ACAUUUUCCUUUUUCUCCAAAGCAAACUUUCACUUACAUUAAAAAUGGCUGAUCUUCCUGAUUUCAUGACUGACCCCAAUGCUGUCCUUAACGAUAAGGAGCAUGAAUGGCGUUAUAACCGUGUUCCUGACUACAAGAAGGUCAAUGCUGCUUAUGAAGAAGAGAAAUCUUGUAACCAUGCCGAAGGUUCUCUUGAAUGGCUCGUAUCCAACCUUGUCAAAAAUUGGGAAAAAGAAAUGUCCUACAAACUCCGUGCUGACCAAAUCCGUACUAUUGAUGCUUCUAAGUACAGAUUCUCUGUCAACGGUAAGGAAUGGAACAAUGCCGAAGAGAUGCUCCAACUUGGUACAUAUAAUGCUCUUAUCGGUGAUACUGAGCUUUACAAGGCCAGUGAAAUGGAUUUCAGCGAAUCUCACAAGCUUUUCAAGAGAGCUCUUCGUACUUUCUCUUGGGAAGUCAUUCAAGUCUAUAGCGGACCUCCCUGUGUUGCUUUCAAGUGGGCUCAUUGGGGUACCAUGACUGGUGAUUUGUCCGUCAAGGUUGGUGUUGACCAAAAGUUGGAAGCUCAUGCCACCAACGAGGUCGUCAAGAUCUAUGGUGUCACCGUUGCCAAGGUGAACGAAAAGUUCGAAAUCGAACAACUCGAGACCUUCUACGAUCCCAGCGAUAUGAUGAGACAAAUGUCAAAGAACAGAAAGGAAGGUUCCUUCAACCCUGCUGAACAAGUCGCCGCUUCUGGAAAGUGUCCUUUCAACCCCAAAUAAAUACCAUAUCUUUAACAAUGCACUCUUAAUUUAUUAACCCCAACCCCUGUAACGUCUUAAAAUAAAACCGAAUUUUACUUAUUGUGAAAGGGCGGAAGGCCAAAA